AUGUCCACCACCGACCCAUAUUCCUAUUUAGAAAACAAUAUGCCCGACUUGACUGACUGUUUUUCGAAAUUAAAAGUUAUAAUGAGCACUCACCUCUCAUCGCCAAAGCUCUUUUUUCCUGAUGACAUCGACACCAUUCAACUCGAAGAAUCAAUUCAGAGACUCCAUGACCUUCUUCAAAUAGAAAAAAUAGCCGAGACCAAUUGCCUCACCUUUUCAAAGUCAAUUAAAAGAACACUAGCUACCUUCUCUGAUCUGUUACACGUAUUUCUCUCUGCAGAAGAACAAUGUGAAAAAGAUGGUGAAUGGAUCAUCACUUUCAGAAAUGAAGUCAUUCACAAAAUUAUUGAAAAGGAGCGGACAAGGUAUGACAAAGAGGUGGAAACAAACGCUUUUCGAAAGGCGCGCCUCAAAGAAGAGUUUGACCAAAAGGAGUUGGAAUUGGCUGCAAUGAUGACUUCGCCUUCUUCUUUAUUUUCACGAAGAAAUUCGUGUGUUCGAGGCGCUUCACUUUUUGAUGAAAAAAUUUCGGAAAUUGCAACUUCGGAGAUUGAAAAGUCCACAACAAAUGAGACCAAAAAAAGUGAAAAAACUCCACACAAAACGACGAAAAUUAACAGCGAACUUUUGAAUGAAAAACAAAUUAAAAAAGUCGACGAAGAAAGUUUUAAUUUGAACGAAAUUGAUGAGCCCACCCCCUGUUCAAUUAACACUAAAACUCCUCAAACGGAAAAGACUGAAUUUAUCGACUUCACAAAUUUAGUCGACAGAAACUCAAAAUCAGAAAACACACAAAGAAAGCCACCAAAGGCAACUUCGAAGUCUUUUAAAACUUCAAGUCCUUCACAAACCGACAACUCAAGUAAAUCAAAAACAAAGACAAACUUGAGUUCUUCAGAAGAUUCAUCUGAGACGGAGGACACGUUAACUGAGACUUCAAAUAAGAACGACAAUGAACCUUUCUAUUCAGUCAAAUACGUUGAGGACAUUGACAAUAGUGAUAUUAGGAAUUGUGGGAAGGUUGAAAGUCGUGAGAUCUUGAGUGCCUCAGAGAAGACACUCAUCUCCAACUGGAGUGGAUUUUCUGUUGGGGAGUGUCUAUUUUCAUUAGAAGCGUCAUUCAAAUUCAGCGAGCGCAAAGCGCUAUUAAAUACAUUGAAGCUAUGUGGGCAAUUUGUUCUUUUGAUUUCAUCAGGGGACUUUCUCUUUGGUGCUGUUGUUACCAAACAAGUCGACAAAGAGGACGUCUAUGUCUCCGACGAAAAGUGCUUUGUCUUCAAUUUGAGAGAGAAAAAUUCAGACGAAAAAGGAAAGAAAUUUAACAUCACCAAAUCUGGUGAGAAGUUCGCCUUCAGGUUAAGUCCAGUUCGCAGCUCCAGAAUCCUCGACGUCGGGAUCGGUGACAUUAAAUUGUUCAAAAGAGUUAAAGAUGGCCAGAUCAUCUGCAAAUGUGGCAAAAACUUGUUCGACUAUGGCAAGUCCCGACUCUCCGUGACGGGAAAAGACAAACGAGAGAAAUACGAAGUCAAUAAGUUCCAGUUUUAUAAACUCGAAAAACAGUGA